CACCAGAGUCCAGACAUCACUCAUGUGACGUGGCGACAUCUGUUUCCACCGCGGAAGGGCCUAAAUUCCAUGGUUUUAGCCAAGAAGGGGGCGGGUUCACACUUUUGAUCGCCGCUCUAACGAAACACGACAAACAGCAGCUUUGAUUUACUCAGUUGAGGGUCAAACAUGAAAGACUCUUGUAAAUCCAUGUUAAAGUUCAUAAAGUAGUGUGAAAACGUCAACAUGGCUGACACCCAAAAGGACGAACACAGCUGAUGCCACUUUCCAAUGGUCGGGAGAGUGUCACGUCACGGUCUUUUUAGAAAGUGCUCCUAACUGUUCUUCACCGACACAAGUUUUUCGGGGAAAAAAGAAGAAAUUCGAAACAAUGAGCUUCCCUGUUGUGGACUUCAGCGCCUUCGCCCUCGACGUGGAGGACAUUUGUCCCGCAGACUUGGACCGCCUGGACAGGGACGUGAAAGAAGCUUUUACCCGAGUGGGCUUCGUCUUCCUGGACAACACCGGCAUCACGCAGGCGGAGGUGGAUGGCGUCAUGGAAGCUUCCAGAAGGUUCUUCCUGCAGUCAGACCGCUUCAAGAAGACAUUCAGCAGGAAAAGCUUCCCCAACUGUCCCCUGCACGGCUGGAACCCCAUGGAGACGGAGAGGGUGGAUCCAGGAACACCAGCAGCAGAUUUAAAAGAGUCGUUCAACAUGACUUCACUACAUCCUGACAUAAAAUGGCCCUCCCCCGAGGUUGUGGCGGGAUUCCAGGAGACCAUGGCGGCUUUUUACCAGCGCUGCAAAGAGCUGAGCUUGCGGAUUUUGAAAGUGUUGGCCCACAGUUUGGCUCUGGACCCCGACGUGUUCCUGAGUGCUCACCGCCUGGUCGGAACGGAUGAGAACACGACGACGCUGCGUUCCAUCUACUACCCUCCGGUCCAAGUGGCCAAGGAGGGCCAGCUGAGAUGUGGCCAGCAUUCAGACUACGGGAGCAUCACCUUGUUGUUCCAGGAUUCUGAAGGUCUGCAGGUGCUGGAGCGUUCUGGUGCGUUCAUUACUGCUCCUUGCAUCCCCGGGGCCAUUCUCAUCAACAUCGCUGACAUGAUGCAGCGCUGGACCAGCGACCAGUUCGUCUCUCUGGUGCACAGGGUCGUGCUGCCCCCUGCUGGCGACUCCACUACACGUCAGUCUCUGGCUUUCUUCCUCAUGCCCGACGACGAGGCCGUUAUCACCUGUGCCGACGGAUCCGACAAGUACCAGCCGGUGCAGCUUGGCGCCUACCUCGCUGAGCGCAUCGGCAACAUCUACUCUGAGUAGCGCUGGCGUCGCCUGGAUCGGACUGCUAGGUGAUGAUUUUAGUGAUGAGUCCUACGCACGUCUGACAACUUGCAGCCUCGUUCACUUCAUUGCCACUGCGAGACAUGACGUGGUGGAAAGUACAAGAAGUGAAUGUUCGAUGCACAAGACAUUGACAGUCGUUGCAAUCAUUGUUAAAGUACAUAAAAAGCAAACCACAACAUUGAUGUGGUUGUCAUGACACCGGGAGCUAUAUGAGCUGAAUAUGAACAAUAUUAAAAUACAUAUAUACACAUAGGUA